UUUCAUGCCAGGAAUUAUCAACAAAUCCUAAACAGUCACUACAACAAAAUUCACGAGCAGUUACCAUAGAUGAAAUUACAGAUUUAAGAGUUCAGAUUGCCGAGCAAAAUACAAGAAUCGCACAACAAAAUACAAAAUUUGCAGUUCAAAAUGUCAAGAUUUCAGAUCAAAAUACUAAACUGUCCGAACAAGACAUUCAGAUACUAGAACAGUAUAACAGAAUUAAAGAUUUGGAGAUGAAAAUUAAAGAACUACAAAAGGAAGACGAUAGAGAAAAUCAACCACCAUCAAUGAAUGAUUCCACUAAAGGAGGUGGUAGUAUAUUUACAAGAUGGGGACGUAAAGAUUGCCCUAGAAAUGUAUCUCAGUUAGUAUAUUCAGGCAUAACUGGCGGAUCACACUAUACACAUCCUGGAGGAGCAGCAGAAUAUGUUUGUCUACCACCAGAUCCAACAUGGAAUGUUAAUAAACAUUUUAAUAGUCCGCAUUUUGGAUAUAUGUAUGGUUCAGAAUAUGAAGAGGUUCCAAAGCCACUACUGAAUUAUAAAGUACCAUGUGCUGUAUGUCGAACUAGCCAGUUUUCUACAGUAUUAAUGAUACCAGCUAGAACAGAAUGUUAUCAAGGCUGGCAGAAAGCAUACCAUGGGGAGUUAGUCAGUGGAUAUUAUAAUCAUCCAGCAGCAUCUCAGUAUGUUUGUGUAGAUGAUAACCCACAGAUCAACGGAAUUAAUACUAAUAAUGAAGGUAAAUUGAUGUAUCCAGUGAGAGCAAAAUGUGGAUCACUACCAUGUCCUCCUUAUGAAGAUAACACUCUUCUUACAUGUGUUGUCUGUUUGAAAUAGAUUAUUAUAAGCACAAU